AUGUGCGACCGGGGUAAUGGCAAGGAGCUGAACGUGUGGUACGACGGCAAGUCUGCGAUCUCGUACAUCACCAGCUGGCAGGCGAAGCUCCAGAACGAGCUCCUGAAUUCCAAUUGGUCUGACGAGUUGGAUUACCUGGACAAAGCCCUCGAGCGGAUUGCCAGGGCCUCCAACACCGAGAAGCGGCCGAAGGUGUUGAUUGACGAAGGCAUUCUGGAGAACUGGGAGCGCUGCUUGCGCGCAACAUGCUCCCAUGAUUUGACCUUGGACACAGCUGAUGGCCCAGUCACCGCGCAUGCGGUGAUUCUCAAAGAGGCCUCUCCCGUGAUCAAGGCGAUGCUGGGGUCGCCGAUGAAAGAGCAGGAGACGCAGCAUGUUCAAGUGAAAGACUCGCCCAAAGCUGGUGUCUCCCUCUUCCUGGAGACUUUGUACACGUGCUCAACCAGCACAGAGCCAGACUACCACACAGUCUUAUCGGCGCUGGAUUUGGCGCACCGAUGGCAAGUCCAUGUGGUUGUAGCCAUCCUGACGGAUCUGCUGGGAACCAUGAUCACCGAAGAAUCCUUCCCGCCCAUCGCCGAGCAUGCUGCAUUGAAAGGGCUGGAGCCUUUGAAAAAGGCUUGCAGGAGGUUUGGCCACGACUCCUGGGUGAUACAGCAGCAGCUGAAGAAGGGGCGUUUGAGCCGUGUGGUCAGGGAGCUUUUGCUACAGGAGGCUGCUGGAACCGCAAGGUCGGUGAGGAAGCGGAAGCUGCUGUGA